UUAAGACUUCGAUAAGUACAUUUUUAAGUAAAUGGAAAACUUAAAAAAUAGAGAUCUCCAAAUAUAGAGGAUGUAGCAUUGGAGAAAAAAAAGGAAACAUGGGGAUGAAUUCCAAAUUUGGGGGCUUGCAUUGGAGUUGGUCUUAGUAUUGCUAACACUUUGAGCAGUUAGCAUAUUAACUUUUGCGGUUCCAUUGACCUGGGUUUGGGGAAGGAGGAGGAGAAGAAUGAAUUGAGGAGUAGGGGGACGGACGAUUUCUUCUCAUCAAUGACCAGACGAGCCCUCUUUUCAUUGUUACAAUCACAACCCACCCGCCCACUCUCCCGGCAAUCCUCCCUCCUCCCACAGUCUUCUUCUUCGCAUACCUUUCAUCCGUCGUCUUCUCUUCUUACCAGACUCUCGCGCUCCUACUCUUUCCUCCGCUACCACAGCCACCGUCCUACUUCCUUUCCUCAACCCCUAACCUCACCAAUGGCCACCUCUGCUGCUGGAGACAACUCCUCCGCUGUUGCUUUCCCUCUCUCUGCCUCCAAUGUCUUGAAGAUCAAUAAAGGAGACAUCACCAAGUGGUUCGUCGAUGCUUCCUCCGAUGCCAUUGUUAACCCAGCAAAUGAGAGAAUGCUUGGAGGUGGUGGUGCGGAUGGAGCUAUUCAUAGAGCUGCUGGACCAGAACUGCGUGAAGCUUGCUUUAAGGUCCCUGAAGUGAGUCAUGGUAUCCGCUGUCCAACAGGAGAAGCAAGGAUUACCCCAGGCUUCAGGUUGCCAGCAUCCCAUGUCAUUCACACUGUAGGCCCUAUCUAUGACACUAAUAACAACCCUAAAGCAUCUCUGACAAAUGCAUAUAGGAACAGUUUGAAUGUUGCCAGAGAUAAUAACAUCAAGUAUGUGGCAUUCCCAGCCAUAUCUUGUGGUGUUUACGGGUAUCCUUUUGAAGAAGCUGCUGAUGUGGCUAUAUCUACGAUCAAAGAAUUUGCAAAUGACUUCAAAGAGGUACAUUUUGUCUUGUUCUCGGAUGAAAUCUACGCUGUUUGGGUCAAGAAGGCAAAGGAAUUGCUCCAAGAAUAGAAGUGUAGAAAGAUGUGCUAGUUAGUUAGACACCUCUUUGAAGUUCUUGCAUACUAGUAGUAGUAGACGUCGACGAUGACAGUCGAUGAAGCUGAUAUGCAUUGUGUGGGGUUGGAGGAUGUUCCAUCACUUCAGGCUUCAGGGGAUUGGGUGCAAUGGAGUUUUUUUCUGAGUCUCUCUGUUCGUCAGUGACCUAUUUUAUGUAAACCCUAUUCUUACAGUACAAGUUUCCAUGUUCGAUCAAUUAGGUUACUUUCCUUUUUGGCGACAAUAAUCUAAGAUACUUGGUGUAUAAGUAAUGAAACACAUAAGUAAUGGGUCCGGAUCCUAUCAGUAACGGUCAGUAACCGUCCAUCUGACCGUCCAUCGCGCCAUCUUCCCAACCGUCAGAUCAUGGCAAUUAAAUACACGCGGGGGCAAAAAGGUAAUCACGCCUUCUCUCCUUCUGACAAUUUGAAUUGCAGACGUGACUGCGACAACCGUCCCGCCUUCUCUCCAUUCUUCCUCCCGUUCCUCUAUUCUCUCACCAAAAUCGCAGCAAAAACUUCCAGAAAAAACUUCAAAUCGAACGAUUUUCGCAAAGCUUUUCGAAGAAUCAUUCAACGAAACCCUUCGUCGAAAAACGAAGGGUUUCCAACUUCAACGAGUCUCAAAAAUCGUUUUCGCACAAAAUAUCAAGGUAAAACCUCACUUCUUUCUUCGAAAUCCAUCCAUAGAACAAUAGAAACAGUAUUUCAGU